AGCCGGAGUCGUGAGCCGGACCGAGCCGAGGAUGAUAAACACCCAGGACAGUAGUAUUUUACCUUUGAGUAACUGUCCCCAGCUGCAGUGCUGCAGGCACAUUGUUCCAGGGCCUCUGUGGUGCUCCGAUGCCCCUCACCCACUGUCGAAGAUCCCCGGUGGGCGAGGGGGUAGCAGGGAUCCUUCUCUUUCAGCUCUGAUAUAUAAGGACGAGAAGAUCACUGUUAACCAAGAUGUCCCAGUGCACGAAGGGAAGCCUCAUAUUGUCCACUUCCAGUACAAGGUCACAGAGGUGAAGACCUCCUCCUGGGAUGCAGUGCUCUCUAAUCAGAGCCUCUUUGUGGAAAUCCCUGACGGAUUAUUAGCUGAUGGAAGCAAAGAAGGGUUAUCAGCACUGUUGGAGUUUGCUGAAGAAAAAAUGAAAGUAAACUACGUCUUUAUUUGCUUCAGAAAAAGCAGAGAAGACAGAGCUCCGCUCCUGAAGACGUUCAGCUUCUUGGGUUUUGAAAUCGUGAGGCCUGGCCACCCCUCUGUCCCAUCACGGCCAGAUGUGAUGUUCAUGGUGUACCCCCUGGAUCAGAACUCUUCCUCUGAUGAAGAAUAGCUGCAGCAGAGGACUCCGGUGUGACCUGAAAAUGCUAUCGAGGGGAGAGAGGGUUACAUCUCCUUUCUUGAGGAAAGGGAAAACAAGGUUCUGUUGGACUGAAACUGCAUUUCUCAUUGUUAGAUUGGCCUGUGUAUCCUCAGAGUUGACUAUCUCAUUGAAAUGUGUUGCCUAGAGAACUAUAUAUACACACAUGUAAUCACCAAAUAGUAAAUGGAAGAUGUUUAUGAACUGGCAUAGGAGCUCUUUAUGUGCAGCUGUGUGGUGUGUUAGCCUAGGGGCGUGGGGUGCCCGGGCCCGGCGUGGGGAGCACAGCGGUAGAUGCAGUAUCAACUCCUUGGCUUCUCUGAACCCGUGUUGGUCCUUCCCCCGUCACCCGAUGUGCGCUCAUCUGACGGACGACCUUUUUACUUUUCACUCAGACUCUUAAGUAGAAGGCAUGUUUUUGGGUGGUAGGCGUGUGGAGGAGAGAUGCUCGAGUUAACCUUUAACACUACAUUAAAACCUCCGUGCAUCUCUGCUUUGGGGCGACCGAGGCUGUUUUAACUGGUCUAACCCUUUUUUUUUUUUUCCCAAAUUCUUGCUCUUCCAGCUUUUGUUUUAAGCAGUCUUAACUCUGUUCAAUGUUACCACUGCACUAUCACAGCGUUCAAUAAAAGGGGCAUUCAGAUGAACUUCACACAGCUGGGGCUGCUUAUUUGAAAGAAACAGAGCCUCGGGUGGGCUUCCUGUGAUGCUUUCGGAGGGUCAAGCGAGCGUUCGGAGCAGUACCCCCACUCUGGGGGAACAUUUCCUUACCUGCCUGCGGUGUGAUGGUUGUGAUGCUCCAAAGAGCCAAAAAAAAAAAAGCUCUACACCUUUUUCUUUCCACCUGAGGAUGGGUAAGGAGCAGGCCUGGGGCUGUCACCUCUGUUCUUCCUCCUCACCUUUCCAAAGAGAUGAUCUCAAGACUUGAGAGGCCGAGUUAACGGCUGUAUCCAAACCAAAGGGGGUUGCGUGCGGGGGCAGGCAUGGACGCUGCGGUGGGAUGCUCUCCCUGUCCAGGAUGGGGCUGUGUUGCCAGCAGUAGCUCGCGUUUCAACCCUGCCCCUUCUAACAUUGGCGGAUGAGGUUGUGCUCUUGUCUCUGCGCCGUGCGGAUGUAACCUGGCUGGCUUUGUCUGAAAGGCCGCAGGAGGAGGGUGUGUUCAUGGACAGUGCCCUGGGGGCAUGCCCCCAGCUCUUCCCGGCCUGCCUGCUCGCGUGUGGGAUUGUCCUUGUGUGCUUUGCUGUGCUCUCGCCCUGCCGUGGAGGGUUUUGUUAAAAGCUGAAGCCGAGCCAUUCCAUAAACGUCAUGGUCAGUGUUUUUUGUUUUGAGGGAGAGAAGUGGGGCUGGGAUAUGAGUUUGUGUGAAUAAAUCACCUUAAAAUUUG